AUCUGUCCUGCUGUGACGAUGGGUUCUCGCCGCCGUCGCGUUGCGCAUGGGGAGGGAGGGGACGAUGACGACGACAAGGACGCUUUCGAAGACGACGCUCAGUCAGAAGGUACCUCUGACAGACAGACCAGGCAGCAAGCGACGUGCGGCGAGGAGGACCAUGUGCGCCUGUCUGUGAGUCCGUUCGUGUGUGCAGCUAGCGCCCUGUCUGACCUGGAGACCAAGCCAGCCGCUGCUGCAGCGGCUGCAGCAGCAGCUCAGCCUGACGGAGCAGCACAGCAAGGUCAGUCACCACCCACCGCACGGCAUCCACUCAUUCCGAGACGUGUCGUGUGUGUGUGUGUGUGUGUGAGGUUCUCCCUCCUCGGCCCUCCCGAACGGCGAGGUGGCGCAUGGCGACGAUGACAACGACAAGGGCGGCAAACGAUGGUCCGACCACGAGCAGGAGCAGCAGCAGGACGGGGGAGACGUCAAGACAAAGGAAGGCGACACCAUCAACGGCGACGAGGGCGCCGGCUCUCCUGCUGCCGCUGCCGCGGCUGCUGCUGCUGACACGGCGGAGGCUGGCCGGGCGGAGGAGGCCAAACCCGAGAAGGUGAGGGACUUGUGAUUUGUGCGGACGUGUCGGCGUGCGUGUGAGGCAAUGGUGGGUUGUGUGGUUUGUGUGUGUUGAUUGCGGCUCAGGAGGUGAUAGACAAGAACGACCCGACGUACGUGCCACGAGCUGCGCGGUAUUUUUUGCACGACGAUCGGAUGGAGGAUGGCGCGGGUGAGGGAGGCGACAAGGCGCAGAGGGCGCAGCGAGAUACGUAAGCAACCCGACCCACCCGACACACACCACCACCACAGGCGGACAGACAGCUGGACGUAUGCACUCCCCUUGCUUCGUUUCGCGCGCUCUGCAGUCGUUUCCGUCGUCGCGACCCGUUUGCGUCUAUGGAGAAGAAGUGGGUCCACGACAAGUUCUACGAAAUGGAAGAGGACAUUGCACGAAGGGGAGGUACGCAACAUCACAUUGAAAUAACCCUGUCUCGUCUCAACACAUACAUGCGCUCCAUCCCUAUUCCACCCAUCCAUUAAUGGGUCAGCUCGUGGCUACGGCCGUCCUCGUGGCCGUGGCGGUCCCCCCCGCGGCCGCCUGUCGCCCUUCAACAGCCCCGGGGGGCGCCCCCGCGGCUCAGGCAUCAUCUACCUCUCCAAGGGCAGGGCGUCGGGCGGCAUGGGCGGACCCCCCGAGCGGCCCCCAUACAUGUCCCAUCCGCACCACCAGGAGGAGGAGCCCUACAUGCAGGACGACGACCAGUGGGAGGCCUCAGGCGCCCCGCCGCCCAGGGGCAGGGGCAGAGGGCCCCGUGCUCGGCCGUUCGGGCAGGAGUGGCGCGGCGGCGAGUGGCGUGGCGGCCGGGGGGGCGGUAUGCGGGGUGGUCGUGGUGGCGGGGUGGGUGGGGGCUACGGCCAGGGGGGAGGGGGGAUGAUGCACGGCGACGAGAACUACGAGUCGCCACGACAAAGGUACCUGCCGACCUGGGACACAGCCAGCAGCGGAAUGUAUGUGAUCGGUCUGCGGCCUCCAUAUGUGUGUGUGUGCAGUGGUGGGUAUGGCGGUGGUGGCGGGAGUGGGUGGGCGCCCGCUCCCAGGGGACGUGGCUCACCCAUGAGGGGCGGACGCGGAGGUCAGAAACACGACACACAUACGCGCUGCACCAACCCACAGAUUCAUCAACCACUGUGAUGUGUCUCCCCCCGGUCGUUGAUGCGGUGCAUUCUCGUUCAGGUUAUGGCGGUCGUGGCCGCGGCUAUCAGAACGAGCACGACGACCGCGACAGGUAGGACACGACGGACAGCGUAGCGUCUCACAAGGACGUCACGUACACAGAGGAACGCGCUCAUUCCGCCUGCGUGUGUAUUGUAUUGUGUUGGCCUGACCAGGUACCCCCAGCAGGGCGACUGGUCCGACUCGGCCGGAUACGACCAGCGACACCAGCAACAAGUAAGUCCGCCCGCCACACACGACACGGCACGGGAUAGGAGAGAGAUGUAUCCGUCCGUGAGAGUCCCAUGUAUGUAUGUGAUUGUGUGUGGCUGCGCUGUGUCCGUCGUGUGUGCAGGAUUGGGGCAUGCAGGGCGGCCGUCGGGGCGGCAGGGGCGGCGGGCGAACCAUGAGAUACUCAGAGAUGGCAUACGACGGCUGACAAGACAGUGAGACGGAGAGGGGGAGGGGGCCCUGACAAACAAGACCCAUCACCAUCACAUCAGUCAGUAUCGUUCCUCGGCUGCCUGCGUGUGUUUUAAGGGAGGAUGGAAGUGACUGUGUGGGUGAGCGGGAAGAGGUCUGCCUAGCGGGGAGGGGGGGAGGGAGGGAGGGGAGGUGCGUGUGUGAUGGUGUGUGUACCAUGAAUGAUCCGUUCAUCACACUAAUCAAUCGGUAGACGAGUCUUUUCUUCCUUCCCCCGGCAGCCACCCUCAGUGUCCUCUCUCUCUCCUUCAAUUUUCCCAUACUGAUGGGAUCGCUGUCGUUCGUUUUGGGUCAUGAUGUGCUGUGUGUCCUGUCGCCGUGUGAUGGAGCCGUGGUUUGGCCCCCAGCAAUCAUCGAACGGUUGCUUCGGGGUGGGCUGCGGACCUUCACAAGUGACUGACGCACCAACAAAUGGACCGAAUGGAUGAGCGGAUGGAUGGGCUCGUGGCUGCGUGACGCGAUGACCUAGCUGUCGCCCCACAUAUCACAUCACAUCAGUGGGAGGAAGAGGACAACACUAACUCUUUUUGGUUCGUACGAUGCACACACACUCACACGUCGAGAGGGAAGACAGCCGUCUGGAUGGAUCAAUUAGGGUCGUGUGCCGUCCGUUCCCUCCCUCCCUCCCUCCGGUGCCGUGUGUUGUGUGUGUCGUGUCCUUGCGUUGCUAGGAGCAUGGUGAUGACUCAAGAUGGCUGGAUGGAUGGCUGGAUGGAUGGACACACUCAUGUGUUGAGAAGAGAGAGACAGAGACGACGACAUCAGCCAAUCGAUGCGGCGCGUGUAUGCCACGUCAUACGAGCGCCAUAUGCAUUGGAGGGUGGCGUCGAUACUGUCUCUUUCUUCCUCCUGUGAGUGAGAAUGAGUGCUGACUGCUGACCCUUGAUUGCUCAACAGCUGACUGACACCUUUGAGCGCC